AUGGCAAACAUGGCCGCAGUGGCCAAAACUUUCACCAUGUCUCAUAUAUAGAUAAAUAUACAAGUGUUUUUUUUCCGUCCCUCUCCGUCUCAUGUCACUAGACGACAGUGCCUACGCCAAGUCGCGCUAUGCCUUGAGGCGUGUCUCGGUGUGUCGCAGACGUUUUUAAAUAAUUGUCGUCGCGGUACUCAUUGAACUGACACCGUCAUGCCGGUGUUCAACCGCGUAAAUUCUUAGUGUCUUACACCUAAAGCACCGAACGAAUUUCCGUUUUCACAAAAAUGAAUAAAAUGGUAUAGUUUCAUUGUUAUAACUCUAUUACAAAUCAAUUAUUGACGAAAUGUGGAACAUGAUGUGUGAUGUCAUGCCGACCAUCACCGAAGACAAUAUUGGUCAACGGCAUCAGUUUUCUGGUGAAGACGUUCGUAUCAAUGAGUUUAUGGACACUGUUGUUGAAGAACGUAACAAACUUUUAGACACAUUAAGUAAAAGUCAAAUCAGGCUUGAUGAGACUGAAAAACAACUGGCCGAAGUUGAAAGUGAAAGAAAUGCAUUGCAAAGACAGAUAGAUGCUACAUUUCCAAAGGAAAUUGCAGCUUUAAGAAAAGAACUGAGUCUGACAAGAGAUCAAUUAGCUGCUAGAGAUGAAGAAAUAGCUGAACUAAAAGCAGAAAGAAGCAAUACAAGAUUACUACUUGAACAUUUGGAAAGUUUAGUAUCUAGACAUGAAAGGUCAAUUCGAUCCACUGUCAUAAAAAGACAAACAAACCAAAAUCCACAAGCAUAUUCAGGCGUUUCUAGUGAAGUAGAAGUUUUAAAAGCACUAAAAAGUCUUUUUGAACAUCAUAAAGCUCUUGAUGAAAAAGUAAGAGAUAGAUUAAGAUAUGCUCUAGAAGCCAAUGCUAAACUUGAAGAGAAAUUGGAAAGCACUAUGCAAGAGCUUGAUGUUUUAAAAUCUGGUGGUAAAACAGACGAUGAAUCUGUUCAAGAAAAUGGAAGUACUGAUAAUGUAGAUGGAUCUUCCUCUCAACAGCCAAUUAUGAAAAAUAGAACACUGAAUGGUCACAUUGAUGAAACUACUGAGUAUGCACAAGAUGAAAAGCUAAUCAACACUCAUGCUGACAAUUGUGUGAUUAAUAGUAUUGGUGAUGAGAAUUCUGAAUAUGGUACGUGGAAAAUGAACGAAUUAUCUAGUCGAGUAUCUGAAUUAGAAGAUUCACUUUCAAAAACACAACGAGAACUCCACAAGUCCCAAGAAAAUAGUAACAAUUUACAUCAUGAAUUAAGAGAAACCAUUUCAAUUAAAGAAGAACAGGAAGAACAGAUAAGUUCCUUGGAAAAAAAAUAUCUAAAUUUGCAACGUGAAUCCACUACAUUACAUGAUUUGAAUGAUAAAUUAGAGCAGGAACUACAGCAUAAAGAAGCUCAGUUGAAAUUACAAGAAGAAAAGACUCGUGCUACUCAUGAAAAAUUAGAAUUAUGUGAACAAAAAUUAGCACAAUUUGCCACACUGCCAGAAAUAGAACAAGAACUAAAACAACGUAUGGAAGCCCUUACCCAGGCUCAAGAAAGACAUGGUACUGCAGAAGAUCGUAUUCAGAGGUUGGAAUCACAAGUUGAAGAGAAAAAUGCUGAAGUUUUGAGAGUAAAUCAAAGACUUAAAAUGAAUGAAGAACAUAAUACAAGACUAUCAGCUACUGUUGACAAAUUACUGUCAGAAUCCAAUGAACGUCUUCAAGUACAUUUAAAAGAACGAAUGCAUGCUUUAGAAGAAAAAAACAUGUUGACUCAAGAAUUAGAAAAGUGUCGUAAGCUAGUUGAAGAAUUACAAACAGAAAAGACUGAAAUAUUGAAAGAACUUGGUAAAGCACGUAUGGAAAUUGAUAAUAUUAAAAGGCAAAUGCUUCAACAAGAAAUUGCUUUUAAUAUUCAACAGACUGAUGCAUUAACUAGGAGUCUGUCUCCUGGUGGCCCUGAUCAAAGUGGUUUUGUUCAAAGUUCUAGUCAACAUUCAAAUUUUGAUACUCAUUCAUUGUCACGUCGAUCAAUGAAAUCUAGAAUGUCUCCAAUGGAAUCAAAUCAUGCAAAAGAAUGGGAAAAAUUACAACAAGCUCACGUUUUGGCUAAUGUACAACAAGCAUUUGAUGCUUCUAGUGAUGUUGAUAUGGAUGGUGGUGAUGAUGAUCUUGAUGACGAGGCAGGCAUGUAUUGUGAUACAGGAGAACCAUUAUCUCCUUCAGCAGCAGACGCGCAGACAUUAGCUCUAAUGUUACAAGAACAGCUAGAUGCAAUUAAUACAGAAAUUAGACUAAUUCAAGCAGAAAAACAAAAUACAGAAGCUCGUGCUGAAGAACUGGAAUCUAGAGUUGGCAGCAUGGAACAUGUUAAUCUCUUAUCUAGAAAUCGUAACUAUGAGCGUCAAUCACCUCCAGUUAGUGGCCGGUCUACACCUCAGAGAGAGUAUUUACAUAAAUAUCAUUCACUUCAACUUAAUGAAGAAGAUGAUAUGGGCAUUUCAUCAACUCAAGAUAACAAUGGAGCAGCUAGUCCAUUAACUGCACGUUCAAUGAGGUUGGAGCGAGUUGCUCAAGCUUUGGCUCAUAGUCAAGAAGAACUUAGAAGACGUGCUGGCAUUAAUACUGUUCCAUCAACACUAAAUAUGAUAAACUACAACCCUUCAUCAUUAAGGGGUACCAGUGGGUUUUCAACGCCUCCAUCACCGUUGUCCUCUCGUCACAGCAGUCAAGAUUCUUUGCAUCAUGGACCAACAUUGAUGGGUCAAACUGGUACUAGUUUGUCAAGUAUAUCAAGUGCUUUUAGUGUCUCUCAAAUUCAAUCAUAUCAUCAUACAUUACCUUCGUCUGCAUCUGCUGCAGCUCAAAAGAAAAAAGGAAUAAAAUCAUCUCUUGGACGAUUUUUUAGUAAAAAAGAAAAGCAAGGAAAAGGUAAAGACGGAAUGAGUGGUAUGUUGAGUCAAAUGUCUUCUUCUGAUAUGUCACUAGCUAGUUCCUAUGCUGGAGAUGAUACUUCCAGUUUAUGCAGUGCUAGUUUAGGACAAAAAGGUGAUUUUGACCGAAGAAAAAAGAAAAAGCAUGAAUUACUUGAAGAAGCAAUGAAAGCUGGAACUCCAUUUGCUUUAUGGAAUGGACCAACUAUUGUUGCUUGGUUAGAAUUAUGGGUUGGAAUGCCAGCUUGGUAUGUGGCAGCUUGUAGAGCUAAUGUUAAGUCUGGAGCUAUAAUGAGUGCAUUAUCGGAUACUGAAAUACAAAGAGAAAUUGGAAUUAGUAAUCCAUUACACCGUUUAAAACUAAGACUAGCUAUUCAAGAGAUGGUAUCCUUAACAAGUCCAUCUGCUCCUGCCAAAUCAUUACGUUCAACAUUAGCUUUUGGUGAUAUGAAUCAUGAAUGGGUAGGCAACUAUUGGCUACCAUCACUAGGACUGCCUCAAUACCGAUCUACAUUUAUGGAAUGUCUUGUUGACGCUAGAAUGCUUGAUCAUCUUACAAAACGUGAUUUUAGAUCACAGUUAAAAAUGCUAGAUGGUUUUCAUCGAACAAGUCUACAAUUUGGUAUAACUUGUUUAAAGCGAGUAAAUUUUGAUAGAAAUCAACUAGAAGAAAGACGUCGCAUUGCUGAACAUGAAACUAUUGACAUUUUAGUGUGGUCUAAUGAAAGAGUGAUUAAAUGGAUAACUAGUAUUGGUUUGAAGGAAUAUUCCAACAAUUUAAUCGAAUCUGGAGUACAUGGUGCAAUAAUUGCACUAGACAAGAAUUUUGAUUCUAAUACACUUGCUAUGGCGCUCCAAAUACCUCCACAAAACACACAAGCUCGACAAGUAUUAGACACAGAGUUCAACAAAUUAUUAACCAUAUCAUCAGAACGGAGAUUAGACAGUAGUUGUAGUGAUCUUGGAGCCUCCUGAUAUUACCCAUCCACCUCUCAAGAUUAAAAAUGAGAGGUGCUGGAUUUGACUGUUUUAACUGUGCCACAUCAGCACUCAUUAAAGUUGCCUAGUGGCAUGGGUAGUUAUUGCAUAUUUCAAAAAACAACAAUUUGUUUUUUAUUUUAUUUUAUCCUUUUCAUAUUUUAAGUGGCAUUUUUGA